CGUGAACCAGACGGUGUCUUGUGAUCGAACAGCUGAACUGUGAAAGCAGAGUAAUAUAUUUCACUCACUCCAGUUACCGAAAAAAAAUUGAUUAAAAAUUCUUGUGGCAAGAAAGUCAGUGUGAUCCAGUGACAGAAGGAAUUUCACAAUCAUGGCCGAUCGCAACAACAUAAAUCAAAUGAUUCCGGCACUGCCAGAGGAGAAACAUGAUAUGCUCGCAGCCACUAGCGUUUUGCAGCAGCAAGCAUCUGACAUUAGAAAUCAGAAGAUCAAUUGGCAAUCUUAUCGUCAAUCCCAGAUGAUCUCUAAGGAGGACUAUGACUUUAUCGUAGCUUUCGAUACAAACGAAUCAGCUGUUAGAGAAGCAAAACUCAAGGAGAAUCCCAACCAAGCAGCCAAGACUUUUUUGAAUCUCUUAGGGCACGUCUCCAAGGAUCAAACGAUCCAGUACAUUCUCACAAUGAUCGAUGAUAUGCUCCAGGAGGAUCGUAGUCGAGUAGAAAUCUUUCGAGAGCAUUCCAACAGGAAGCGAGAGUCUGUCUGGGGGCCAUUUCUCAAUUUGCUCAAUAGACAGGAUGGCUUCAUCAUGAAUAUGACAUCGAGAAUCAUCGCCAAAUUGGCCUGCUGGAGUCACGAGCUCAUGGAGAAGACAGAUCUCCAGUUUUAUCUCACUUGGCUAAAGGAUCAGCUUCAAUUGAGCUUUGAGGCUGUGCAGGAGACAAAUAUGCAUGCCGAGGUGGUGCAAGACUUGACACCCAACGAACCUGGAGAGGCCACUGACCUCCAAGAAAUGCCCAGUCUGAACAAUGAGUACAUUCAAUCUGUCGCACGAUGUCUUCAGAUGAUGUUGCGUAUCGACGAAUAUCGUUUUGCAUUCGUCUCAGUAGAUGGCAUCUCCACGCUUUUGAGCGUUCUGUCUGGACGGGUGAAUUUUCAAGUACAAUAUCAGCUAAUUUUCUGCCUAUGGGUCCUCACUUUCAAUCCCCUUCUCGCUGAGAAAAUGAACAAGUUCAAUGUAAUUCCCAUUCUCGCCGAUAUUCUCAGUGACUCCGUUAAGGAGAAGGUGACUCGCAUCAUCCUCGCUGUGUUCAGAAACCUCAUUGAGAAGGUGGAGGACAAUCAGGUCGCCAAAGAGCACUGCAUCGCAAUGGUCCAGUGCAAAGUGCUGAAGCAGCUGUCAAUUUUAUCUCAAAGAAAAUUCGACGAUGAGGAUAUCACUGGGGAUAUUGAAUUUUUGAAUGAAAAAUUGCAAGCAUCAGUUCAGGAUCUGAGUUCAUUCGAUGAAUACUCUACUCAAGUGAAGUCCGGUCGUCUUGAGUGGUCUCCAGUGCACAAAUCCAGUAAAUUCUGGAGGGAGAAUGCCAGUCGUCUCAAUGAAAAGAAUUACGAACUAUUGCGCAUUUUGGUCCAUCUUCUGGAGACUAGCAAGGACCCCUUGGUCCUGAGUGUUGCUUCAUUCGACAUCGGAGAGUACGUGAGACACUAUCCACGUGGAAAACAUGUAAUUGAACAGCUUGGUGGUAAGCAGAGGGUCAUGCAACUAUUGAGCCACGAGGAUCCCAAUGUCAGAUAUGAAGCUUUGAUUGCCGUUCAAAAACUUAUGGUUCAUAACUGGGAGUACUUGGGAAAACAACUGGAAAAGGAAACUGGUGUCUCUGGAGCACCAGGCACCAAACCUGGUUCGCAAGUUGCUACUAAAGCAUAAAGUUAUUCUUGUGAAGUUUUAAUUAAUAUGGUUAAAGGGGAAGUGAGAAUUUAAAGUUGUUCAUUAAUCAGAUUAUCAUUUGCCAAUUGAUUUGACCAUAAUUAGAUGUCAACAUUCCAUAACUGGCGUAUUUUUAAUUUCACGAAUUUUAUUGACGAAAAUUAUGAAAUUGUUCCCCAGGAGAGUUGUCAUGCUACAUAAUUUUAUGUCUUAAAACAAAUUGUCAGGUGAAUUUCGGAGAAAUUUAAUAUAUAACAGCAAUCGAUUUCUCACAUUUUAUUGAAAUAUCGAUGAUCUUUAUGAUGAGGAAUUUCAAGGAUAAAUAUCGAGAGAUAUGUCUUGUUUUUGACUCUUUCUUAUUCAUAAUUCUCCUACACAGUGAUAUAAUCUAAAUAUGUAAAUACAUUCGCAAGGUAUGAAUACGACAGCAUUAAACAUACCCAGAUGCGCCAAUACUUAUUGGAAUUUGUGUAAAAUGGUGAAUUGUGUAAUAUAAAUAUAUAAAGAGUUGAUCUUAUGAGUAGAAUGAAAAAUGAGAUAAAACUACAUAAAGUAUUAUGCGUAAUAAAAAUUAUGUUAUGUCACA